UUCGACCGCCUUCGGUGGGGACUCUCUUGCCUGGUCGUUCCCGCCGGCGGGCCGUUGACCCCUGCGCUGCUUCGUGCGUUUCCUCCUGAGAGGAAGAUAAGGGCUCCCGGAGCCGAGGCCGGCCAUGUCUGAUCCAUCUCAGCAAGCUGCCCCAGGGGCAGGACAGGAAGGGGGUGAAAAUGCUGGGGGGCCCCUUGGACCACCUCCAAAUUUGACCAGUAAUCGGCGCCUGCAGCAGACUCAAGCGCAGGUGGAAGAAGUGGUGGAUAUUAUGCGUGUGAAUGUGGAUAAAGUUUUGGAACGAGAUCAGAAACUCUCAGAAUUAGAUGAACGAGCAGAUGCCCUCCAGGCUGGUGCCCAAGUAUUUGAAAGUAGUGCAGCAGCGCUCAAGAGAAAGUACUGGUGGAAAAACUGUAAGAUGAUGAUCAUGCUGGGAGUGAUCUGUGCCAUUGUGGUCAUUGCAAUUGCACUUUCAGUGUGGAAAUAAAUGGUAUAAAACUACUUGGAUACAGUGGUCAAGAGCACGUGAGAAUUUGUUCUGAUACUGCCAUCUAAAUAUAAAGCGGCUGCGCGAAAGGGUUAUAUGAUGGUCUCGGGUCUACAAAAGAAAUUCAUCAAUUUGCUGACCCUGCGUGAGAAAAGUAGCGAUGAAACUGAAGCACGAAGGCCUUGUGCUGUUCUCCAACGACAACUUGUGCCCAGUUUAGGCAUAUAAGAGAAAGUAGUAAUAGGAAGAGCUCAUUUAUGCUCUCAUUUCCUUAGUCUAAUUUUCUAUCAUUUCUGUUCAAGUAAGAAUGUAAAUCAGGAGUUACCGAGAGAAACAGAGUUCUCAGAUGUCACUGCUUUGGUUAUGUGUAGAUGAUGUGGAAAUGGAGCAUGGAGGUCCUACCCAGCUGCUAUUAACACAAGUAUAUACACCGUAGCAUACUGAAAUUAGAGAAAUACUUGUCUGUCUUGCAUUGUUCAUAUGGCAAAUGGGAUUAGGUUUAUUCUAGUAUACUUAUGGGGUAGGUACCUUCAGUCACUGCCUGAAGCCCCACCCCCUUGUGUUGCAGAAGGCUCUUUAUCUGUUGUACUGUAUAAUAUAUAUUUUCUUUACACUCCACCCUGUGCUGAUUUAAAUGCAGAAAGAGUAUUUGAUUUGCUACAAAUAUACUGGAAAAAAAUGAACUGUCCUAUUGUAUAUUAAACAGUUCAACAUCAUCCUCCACAACUGUAGUGUAUGGAAUGGGAAGUUGUAACUUGCUGACACAGUAUGUGUGCGUGUAGUGUAUGUGAAUAUAUACAAAAGUGUGGAGGCAGCUGCCAUUGCUCAAACAUUUAACUUAUAGAUUUGGAGAGGACUCCAAAUAGCAACUUGGAAUAAUACACUUUUUUUUGAAGACACCCCCAGAAGGCUACAUAAAAAAAUGAGACUUGCAUGAAACCUGAAUGCGUAUAAGAUGGCAUUUGUAUAUGUGCUUACUCUGGGUUUCAGUCGUAGUUACACUUUCCUAUCAAAAUCAUAGAUGUUUUUCCUUUUCAUUUUCAGAAAAUGCAUGUUUUCAUUUGGUACCCAUAAUGCUGGAAAUGCAGAGCAAAACCAGAAUUCUGCCCAAAAGGGGAUCCUUAUGAUGUGAGAGCUACGAUUGUUUUAUCUGGUUAAGCUAAUAUAUCACUAAACAUUCAUAGGGCGUCUAAUUUGAGGAAGGGAGAGGUAGUUCAGCCUGUCCUUAUGCAGUCAAGGAACCAAUUAGUAUUUAAGAAUACAGAGGGAAGCCGUGGGAGAAAAACACUGACGUUGGUGGGAUUCUUGCUUCAUUGCCAAUAUAGAAUUCCUUACUGACUGCUGAAAAUACUUGCUUUUUUUUUUACAGCCUGCAAUAUGCAAAUAGUACAAUUUUUUGUGGAGAGAAAGGUUGAAGUUCUAACUCAGCGAACUUCUUAAAUUAGAAGGACUGUCCUGAAGACCCAUGCCUUUCCUGUUUUUUCCUCCUUUUUGUUCUGGAGAUCAAAUAUAGAAGGUGGACCUAGAUUGAUGGAACACUAGUGGAGUCUUCAUAAAUCCAUCUUUUCUUUGUAUAACAUAAAGUUAUCAUCCUAUGUAGGUAAAUGGGUUCUGCAUAACUUGUAGCAUACAGACCGCCUGUAUUAAAAAAAAAAAAACAUUUUGCCAGUCUAACUUUCUACCACCAUUUUGGAGUUUUAGUACACUAUUAAAGGGGAGAAAAGGGUACUGAAGUUCACAUAGCCAUCCUUUGCUCUUGGAGGAGUAUCAUUAUUUAGUGUAAUGGGAAAUAGUAACAAUCUGAAACCCUUCCACCCACUUCAAGAAUGAACACAAGACUAAGAAUGUACUGUUUUUCUAGCAUUAGGACCUGGGCAAACAAAGCGAGAGGGAAAGAGUUUAGGUCCUUGUUCAACUGAAGUUAUUUGUAGGGAAAUAUACAAUACAGGAGCUGAAUAUUGAGUCUGAGUAAUACAGCAGAACUUAACAUCCAUAUUAACCGCAUCGUAAACUAUAUAUUUUUCAAAUCUUGGAUAUACUCAGAGGAAGAGAAAUGGAGUGAACUCCUUGGUAGAGCUUGCUUAAAGAAGCACUGAUUGAAGUAUACCUCGAUAGUUCAUGGAUCCAGAAUGAAGGAUCCUUUGCUUCUCAAAGUAUGGAAGUGUAUCCAUGUACAUGUGGUACGAUUGUUCUAAUCCUAGGGAGCUUUCAUAUCCUGUUUAGCUUUUCUUUGUUUCCAAUGCGUAUUUCCAUGCUGAUAGUUCCCAUAAUAAGAAAGGACUUCUAGCCAUCUCAAGGGAUGAAAAAUAUUGAAAAGGUUGUGUUUGUUUAUAACCUACAAGAAGGGGGUUAGUUGUCUGUCAUCUUGGCUGCAGAGAAUCUGAUCAGUGAACAGCCUCAAUUCAAAGAAAAGAAAUGGGGAGCAACAGCCAGGAUCAAUUUGUAGAAAGCUGACUUACUUACAAAAUAUGGAGCAAAUAUUUAUACAGAAUGCAUCUUUUUAAUUUUGCUUGGCAGUAAACAGAUACAGACUCAAGGAAUUGCAUACACCAAGGACAAAGUACGGAAAGAAAGGUGCUUUCAAGUCAUUAGGUCUGUAACUUCAUACUCCUUAGAAUUCUUAAAGAUGAGGUUCAGGCCUAUCUUCUCUUGUGAGAAUUCAGUUAGCCAAUUAGUUCCAAGUGCUGAGUCUAUAGGUCAGGAUUAACGUAUAUAACAAUGUCAUA